AUGGUUGAUAGCAGUUUACACUCCUUCCAUCGGGAAAGAAUCGAUAAGUUGGACUGCAUUCUCCAGUGCAAUUACACCUCUCCAGACUGUGGAGCAAAGAUUGUGGCAAAAGUCGGAUUGACGUAUCUGGCUGAAGGUGCAGCGCAUGUUGUCUAUCGAGUCUCUCUUCCAGGUGCAUCUCCAACCACACAUCCUCAUCUUGUUGGAAAGCUGUUUCGCUUUCGGAAGUCGAUCCCAUCCGCAGUACCAUGUGCUCAAACGGUCGCGAACUACCAGAACAUAAUUGCUCCGCUAUUCCCAGUCAACAAUCUUGUCCACCUGGAGCUGCACCAUGUGUCGAACCAGAACGCAUUGAUAGCAAAGCUAAACGCAGCACUCGAGCAGAGAGAGUUGAAUGGAACCAGACCCGCCCAUAGACAUGGUGUUUAUCUGACGCCUUCAGCCGAGGAGCCGAACGCCAUCCUGGUAACAGAUAUGAGUGCAUGUGGACCGGAUGAAAGGCUGAUAGAAUUCAAACCAAAGUGGCUGGUUCAAAGUCCGAGUGCGCCCCAAGGAGCGAAGCGGUGUCGGACCUGCGCGUUGAGAGAAAUGAGGACAGAGGAUGAACGACGCUCUGGUCAAAGCCAUUCUGGACGGGGGCAUGCAGGGUUUUGCCCCUUGGAUUUGGUCUCCAACAAUGACGAUGUCCUUGGAGAGACGAUACGGCGGCUCUCCUUGACUGAUGAGCUCUCUAGAACAUAUGAGUCUCCAUUCAAGGAACAGAUACAGCCCUUACUUUUAAGGCUAAGACGUCUGCAAGCCGAGUACAACAAUGUGGGCCUGAAUGACUUCGAGAACGGCCAGAGUCAGGGCUUUUUUGUCUCGAUGGCUCUGAGAGAUUGCAGUGUCUUUGUCAAGACAAAAAGAGGCGAACUCGGAUUCCAAGAAGUCAGAUUGGCUGAUCUUGAUCUUAAAUCUAGCGGAGGCGGUAAGCUUGAACUGUGGGCAAGAACUGAGCAACGCUUGAUCGAAGAAGGAUGGUAUAUGGGGAGUGAAAACGCUGAGAGCCUGGGAAACAGGUUAUGCAGAGCAUUGCAGCAGUCGUGA